AUGGUCUCCAAGACUAGCAAGCGAAGCCACUCGGGAGAGGAGGCCACAACCUACAACCUCUACAUUGUCAAGGGCAAAGGCAAAGGCAUCAUUUUGAUUGCAUCUUUGGAGGUUCGAGGAGAGGAAGGUGGCAUGAAUCUGAACCUGACAAAUUUCUCCGACCAGAUGCAAGUGGAAAUGCUUUUUGACGGUUGGUCUGGACAAGAUGAGCUUCGUGGACAGCGGCGCGGGAAAUUUGGAGAUGGCUUGCAGUCUGCCAUUUGCGUUCUGUCCAGAAAGCCUGGGGUUGAGGUGAAGAUAUAUUCAAACGGGCACAUUUGGAGCUUUGAUUGGGCCUUCACCACUCAGGUUGCCAAAGUGCGCAAUGUGAAGUGCCUCCGGGUCAAAACUGAUCCCUGCGCACCUUCGCAGCCCUUCGACAGCAUCAAACACACAAAAGUCCAAAUCAGCGGAUUACCCAAGAAUGCGUUUGAUGAGACACAAUUUCUCUUUUUGUGCCCGUCCGUUGCUUCGAUGUCGAAUGAUCAUGGCGACAUUUUACUUGGCAAGGACUUUGCAGGGACGAUUUACGUCCGCGAGAUGAGGGUGCUCAAAAAAGCGGAGAACAUGCACGGAUUGAACCUCCAGAAGCUUGAUCCCGCAAGCAGGGACCGGAUCAAUCACUUGCAGGAGGGCCAAAAGCUUUUGCACAGUUUCAACGUGUGGCAUACGGAGGUCAAUGGCAAGAAUCAGCUGCAAAGAUGCCUCACAUGA